UCCCGCAUCUUUUUAUCUGCUUUUCGAUAUAUAAAAGGCAAAUAAUACUCCACUUUAGCACUCCGCUCCGCCCAUGACGACCGCCCUGCUCCAAACAUCCCAAAUCGCUCCGCCGCCGCAAGCGGCCGCGGCGCAGUCGCUGCCCCUCACCUUCAUCGACAUCUUAUGGAUAAUUUUCCACCCCAUCCGGCGCCUCCUCUUCUACGAAUUCCCUUGCUCAAAGCCUCAUUUCUCAGAAUCAAUCAUUCCCAAACUCAAACAAUCCCUCUCACUAACUCUCAAACACUUCUUCCCUCUCGCCGGCGCCAUCUUCUACCCUCUCAACUCCGCCGAUUUGCCACAACUCCGAUACACCCCCGGCGACUCUGUCUCGCUAACCGUUUGCGAAUCGAGCCACGAUUUCGACGAUCUCGUCGCGAACCACGGUCGUGAUUCGGAUAAAUUCUACGACCUAAUCCCUAAUUUGCCGCCGAUGAUCGUCGAAUUCGAUUUCAAAUUGCUCAAAGUCCUAGCUCUGCAGGUCACUCUGUUUCCCGGUCGCGGACUCUGCUUAGGCGUCGCGAACCACCACUCCGCCGGCGACGCCACCUCCAUCGCCGCCUUCUUACGGCGCUGGUCUUCGAUCUGUAAAAUUGACGAGGCCUUGGUCUCCAACUCUGAAAUUGAAUCUCCGCCACUAUUCGACAGAUCUCUAUUCAAUUAUCCUCCAAAAUUGGACGCUCUUUACUGGAACCAAAUCAAACCAUUUCCAUUCACGCAGCCGUCCUUUCCUCUGCCGACUAAUCGCGUCCGAGCUACGUACGUUCUGAGCAAAUCGGAUCUGGAGAAGCUCAAGCUCUCGAUUCAAUCAGCCAAUCCAGAUUUAGGCAGCGUAUCUUCCUUUGUAGCUAUGGCAGCUUAUGUGUGGUCUUGUUUCGUAAAAACGAGUUCAGUCGAAGAGGACGGAGACGAAAACGGGGAUCGCCUGGAGUUUUUUCUGGCGGCAAUCGAUUUACGAGCUCGUAUCGAGCCGGUGGUUCCAGAGAAUUACUUUGGGAACUGUUUAACGUACGGACUGGGGAGAGAGCGGCGUGUGGAGCUGGGUGCGGAGGAUGGGGUGUUUGCGGCAGCGAGGGCGGUGGCGAAGGCGAUUAGGGAGAGGUUGAGUGAGAAGGAGAAGAUUCUGGAAGAUGCGGAGAAUUGGAUUAGUGAAACGGCGGAGGUGGCUGAGAUGAAGUUGGGAGUGUCUGGAUCGGCAAGAGUGGACCUCUAUGGAAUGGAUUUUGGAUUCGGGAGGGCGAGGAAGGUGGAAGUGUUGUCGAUUGAUGGGGAGAAGUAUGCAAUGUCGCUGUGUAAGGCUAGAGAUUUGGAGGGAGGGUUGGAGAUUGGAAUGUCUUUGCCGAAGAUGAGGAUGGAUGCUUUUGCUACCUGUUUUGAUCAUGGAAUCAAGAAUUUCUGAAUUUUCAACUCUUUUGUGAGUUUUAUGAUAAAAAUUUUAGUUGAGUCUCUGUUCAACUGAAUUUCUACUUCUUUGAGUCUCGUAGUCGUAUAGUAGUAUAUCGCUAGCUAAGAGCAUUAGCAAUGACGUCCGUCCCGGCGGAAUUCCGACCGGCGCGCCGGAAGUCCGAUCGGGACGUCCGCCAUUGUGCAAGGGA